ACAAGCGCAUCUUUAGUGUAUUGCACGCCGCGGAACGGAAACAACCUCCUUUAUAUUCGCAAUACGUGUGCGAAUAAGAAUUUCGAACGCGAAUUCGAAAUUCGAACGUGAAAUUAAAUUCCAAACAAAAAAACGUUCGUGAAAUAUUGAAUCUCGAAGAUCGGUGAAUUUCGAAUAUGGAACGCAAACGGUGAAAGUAAUUUUGAAUUUCGAAUGCAUCUGUGAGUGCUUACCAAUAAUGUUAAUAAUUCUCGGAUCAGUUUAAUUUACGUAUCGGAUCUGCGUAAAAUUAAAAAGUGUGAGUGUGUGCCAGUGAUGCGCGAGUGACGUGGUGGUAGUGACGUAGCGUGACGUCAUCAUGGAGCCGACCGCGCUACCCCUGGAGGAUGAAGAGCGGCCGCAGCAAGGCUCCUCGACCGGCAGCGGAUCGUCAUCUGGAACCGGAUAUUACGGGCAUAAGAAUGGUGAAUGGCGCGGGGAGAGGAGGAUGCUGGACAUAACGCGAGACAAGCCCGUCAAGGUGUGCGUGAGAGUAGUCGUGCCAGUCAGAGAUCACCCUAAAUUUAACUUCGUGGGCAAACUACUUGGACCGAAGGGCAACUCAUUAAAGCGUCUUCAAGAGGACACCAUGUGCAAAAUGGCCGUUCUAGGCCGAGGGUCCAUGAAGGACCGCCAAAAGGAGGAGGAGCUGCGUGUGUCAGGAGAUCCGAAGUUCGCGCACCUGUCCGACGAGCUGCACGUGGAGAUCAGCGCGUUUGCUACGCCCGCUGAGGCUCAUGCCAGAAUCGCGUACGCUCUGGCUGAAUUGAGGAGGUUCCUUGUGCCUGACUACAACGACGACAUCAGACAAGAGCAGAUGCUAGAAAUGCAGAUCCUGUCCUCGCAGACCGAGCAGAGGAGGCUCACCCCUCCAGACUCCUCGAGGAGUGGCAGCGAGGAAACACUGCCUCUGCGAGAUACACAUAAGCAAAGGAUCACAGGAGUGCAGCCUUCGCCUGCGCCAGCGACCUUGCCUGGUGGUAUCGCGGUGAACCACGGGGCGACCGCUCGAGACUUCUCACCACCAGCCCCGACCCCUGCCCCGGACCAUCUCGCUGCACAUCAUCAGUUGGCUGCCGGUCACACGGGUCACGGUAUGCUGGUCGGAGGGGGAGUCCUGCAGCAGCCCCCCACCCACCACCUGCUCACACAGAAUUCCAUACUUGGUGGAGGCGACAUCCUGGGCCUCAGCAGCCCGAUGCUGGGCGGGGUUCUGCAUGCCCACCCUGCCAUGCGCGGCGUCAAGCCCGCCGCGGUACACGCGCUCGCAACGCAAGGUCGGUGCGGCUGGUGGGGCGGUUGCGAGCGCUCGCAAGCGGCCGCUGUUGGGCGGCGCGCGGGCGGCCAUGUCGCCGACUAAGCGCGCUGUGAUGACGCUCCUUGCGCGUGCGCGGGCCGCGACGCAUAAGCAAGCGACUUGGCCGGCGCCUCAUGAGCACACGGCUCUCCUGCCCCUCAUCAGAGAUGAAUUCGUCACAGGAGUGGGAGUUAACAUAAACCUAGCGUAACUUUAUACCGUAAAUAGUCAAAUUUCAUUAGCAUAAGUUUAGUUACUGUAGAAUAAAUCGAUUAGUAUCGAUACUGUCUUGUGUUACACGCAAUCGAAUAUGUUAUGCAACGUCGAUUAUUUUGUAUCGAUUAUUUUCUCAUCGAUUAUUAUUCAGAGGUUCUCAACUCGUAGCUGGCUUCGUUCCAAAUAUGAAAUAUUUCCGACACCAGCUAUCGCCUUUUAGUAAUGCAAAUGGAUUUUACAGAGAUGUUUUGAACCCAAAGUUGAGUACCUCUGUAAUAUUUAUAAGAGCAGUACAUGAUAUAUUAAUUGAGGUACAUUAUUUAGACCUAUCACAAAAUGUUGAUGCCUCUUUAUGCCCGAUAAAAAGGUAAGUAAGUCUCUCUUAAACAACAUAUUCUGGGUACAGGCUUCUGCCGUAUAAAAGCGUAAGUGGCAAAAGGGAUUAAUCCGAAAAUAAGUUCCUACUUCUUAAAAAAAUUACCUACUAAAUGCCAUGUACUGCAUCUUUUAAAUAUUUUAAAUACCCAAGUACCUUGUUAUUACGACCUUCGUGAUGUUACCAUGGUUACAAUUUAAAAUACCCUUAAAUUCAUUCUAAGUUUACCCGAACAUAAUUAAGAGCUAUACGUCGUGUGUGUUAUUUAGCACAAAUUAGCGAUCAAUAAAACUGUAGUAUAGUAACCGCACUACCGAAUAACAAUAACGAUGUUCAGUAACGGUCGAUAACUAUUGCAAUUGUCAAUUAAGACAGAGUACGACAAAUAAAUUUUUUCACGGGUACAAGAUGACCCCACUACAUCUGAUGGUAAGUGGAGUGGGGUCCAAUAGAAUGCCGACUAACGAGAGAUGAUUACCCCUCGACAGUCGACACGAUUAUGUCGUCCUGUUGGAACCGGAUAUACACAGGCCGAUUCCGGAACGCGACACACUUACGUGGGCCACUAUGCCGAGUUUUAACACCUUGUAUAUGGUAGUAUUUAUUUGGAUUAAUGGGAAAAAAACUAUCUCAAUAGUUCCAAACAACAUUACAUUAACAAAAAAUUAACUUUUUAAACAUCCAAAAAGGUUUCAAACAUUCUUUAAAUCCUCAACUAUGUGUUCAUGAAAAAUAACCGUUUUUAUAUUCGAAAAAUUCAAAUUUCGAACGUUACUUUACAAACAGGGUCGGAUUUAGGGCAUCAACAGUAACCCAUGACCCGCAUCACGAAUGUCGUAAUAAAAAAACAAUUUAUUUCUAGUCAAUUUAAAGUAAACCCCAUAAGCUUGUGUAGAGGAACACGAUGGUUAAUGUCCCAUGCCUUCGACGUGAACUGUGUACAUACACAUAGAUUAGGUACAUAAAUACAUAUAUCUACAUAUAAUAAUAAUAAAAAAUUGAUUAUAAUUGUAUGGAUUGAUAUUUUCUGGAUUUAAUUCUGUUAAACGUAAAAGAAAAAAAAUGAUUUUUACGUCCCACUUCUACCAAGAAAAUAUAUAAAAAAAAAUUUACGUCAUUACAUUUAUUCAAGCAUAGGGUUAACUGCAGCGAACUUGAUACCAAGUGAUUAACUCCUCCUAAUUUAUAGUUAUUUAAUGAUGCGAGACAACAAACUACAAUUGCAACAAUUACGCCGGCCUGCUUACCCGCAAAUUUUAAUAGAAAUUUCCAAUCACUUUUUUCGACCUCUCAGAAAUGGACCAAUCAGACCAAAGGUUUUUUGGCAUUCUUACAAAUGAGUUAUUUUGAUUGGUUCAUUCUCGGAAUCGGUUUGAAGACUGAGAUUGGGAUCGUUUAUUGAAAUCGGCUGUAAAUCGGGCACCGGCAAAUUCCAGAAUGCAUGUCAGUAAUCUAACUAAAUCCAGUAAUUAUGAAUAAAUCAGCCUUUGCACUCCACAACAAUAAAUAACAUUGACGUAUAUUCUAUAGACACGAACGUCUAUAUAAACUAUUUGUUCAAAAUCUGAACUAAAAUGGCAACCAAAACGUCACUAUUAUAACCUAUUUAUUCACUUGAACAACAAAUAAUUUUACUUAUUUGACUAAACUUUUUAUUCAUAUCCAGGUUUAUACUUAGACUCGAGUUCUUAUAUUAUGAGCGCCACUUCGUAUAUAACCACACGAUAUCAAUGUUGAAGUCAUACUAAAGUCAAGUGUACGGAUUGCAUUACAGUUGAGCCGAACACAGUGAGUGUACGGAACGCCAGAUCUAUUACGUAGUACAUAAUAUAUAACGAUGAUAAGUAAAGUGUCUUUUUGACUGUAUUUAAUUUUUGAAAUGUAAAUUUGACAUUUUUACGCAAACAUAAAAAGACAUUAAUGGCAGCUCACCAAUUCGCGAAAACAAAUAUUUAAUUCAAGAUAGGACAACGGUUUUAUCAAACAUUUUAUUCUCUUCAUUACUGGUGUCUUUACGGUGUUAAAAAAUCCUUAUAAAAAGGUUAUCUACUAUCGUUGGCAAGUUUACGUUUCAAUUUGAAUAAAUUAUUUGCACAGGGCCGUAUCUAGAACUAUUGAGGGGAGCAAAAAUGUUUUUUUUCAUUGGGAUGAAAUGAUUUAUUUAAAAUUGAACUAUUCAAAUGUUAAGCAUUAUUUCAUUAUCAUCAUCAGCCACAUAAAGUCCACUGCUGAACAUAGGCCUCCCCCAACGAUUUCCAGACAUACAUCUCCAUACAUUAUUUAAAUUCAGUCAGUAUUUUCUCUUUUAACAUUUCGUAAAGCAGUUCUCACGAGAAAAGAAAUGGCAAAAAACUCUUUUACUGGUGUUAUGUUUCUCGUAUGCGAAAACCUGUCUUAUAGAUACAAUCACAACGUCUAUUUUAGACCAAAUAGUAGUGUUGUGUUCCGAUUUUAACGACAUCUAGGGAUUAACUUAUUGAGUAUAGAAUAGCAGACAUUUUCUUUUUAUACAAGCCCACGCAAAAUAACCACAUCAGCACCUGAUGGUAAUGGAUUAAAGUCCAAUAGAAUAUCGACUGACGAGAGAUGAUUACCCCUUAGUCGACACAAUAAUGCCGACCUGUUGGACCGGAUAUACACAGGCUAAUCAUGUGACAAAUUUACGUGGGGCACUAUAGCGGGUUUUAACACCUUGUGUACGGUGGUCGCUAUCCGUGCGAAUAUAAAAUAUCCUACCACCAGCAAAUUAUUAUUCGUGUCAUCUCAAUUUCUGAUUAAAAACCUUGUUACUUCUACGGACAUAUUAUUACAUAAGUUACGGAUAGAGGCACAAGUCGUGAGCACAUUCAUAUUUAGUCAGUAUGACAUCCAACGCUAUGAUGUUUUGCGAAAUUGAUUCUUCAAUCGAUGCUCGUUAUCUAUUGUAGUUACACGCGCCAUUCCCACCACAGUUAUUUUUUUUUUCCUAAGGUUUCGGACUGGUAUAUUUUUUAAAUUAUCAAACGGGUGUGAAAUUUGUGUCUCACAUACGGCGAGGAGGGGGUGCGAGGUUCUGCUAUUUGAUAUGUAAUUCGUCCCCAAUGUUCAUCAGUUCAUGACUUGUUAUACUAAACCUACAAAAAAAUGUAAUAUCUUUAUGAAGUUAAUGCGUUACGAAAGGAGAUAUGGGUCAACUAUUAAUAGAUUUAUAUUGCAGAAAAUAUCUAUCCAUACGUAUAUAUGUACUAUGAUAUAAGUCAAAAUCGAUACGAAAAUUAAACCUUAAUAUAAAAAAGCAACUCUUGUGGAAAACACGUUAUGUGAAAUUAUGUGUUUACAUUUUUGGUUGAAACUUAUUCUAAACUAUAUCUUAUUGCAGUAUUAAAAUAUAUACUAAAACUGUAAUAUAAAUGUAUAUAUUUACUUAAUGCCUGAGUUUAUUUUACCGUUCAGAAACUCAUGAAAUAUUUAUCAUUUGGAGUCUGCAGUUUCAUCGUGUUUUCUCAGUAAACUUUGACUUAUGUCUCAGUAUAUUUCGAAAUAAAAACACCGCUUACAAAUACACUUAUAAACUUAUCAUCACACCUAAAAUAUUUUAUAAGAUUGCCAAUACCAGUUGACAAUGUUAUAGUGGCACUUAUUUGGCCUAUUUAUAGGAAAAUAAACUUUAUAUAAAUAAAAAGAAAAUUCAUUUCGCUUAACGAAACUACAAAUAAGUCUUGUAGAAUAUCGCCAAUGAAAAUACAACACUCUUGGCAUUCUUUAUCAGGCACAUUGUUUUGCUCGUGCACCGGGAGUUCCACUCAAGAUUUACCGUGUUCAAAUAUCUUAUUUCAGAUUAAAUAGGUAUUAAACGUUUCUUAAAAUUAAAUGCUGUCGAGCGUCCAUUGGGCAGUAAACUAUGCUAUAAAUAAUUUCAAAAUAUUUGAAAAUUGGUUCUGGUAAAAUAAGAUAUACUUACUUUUCACAAAAAAGGUUGCAAAUAUUUUUUACCAACUAAAAAAUCCAGGGACGGACUUGGAAACCAAGCCUGCUCACUGCACCCCCCAUACAAAGGUAUGACUAAAGAUUAGGGCUUUUAGAGGUAAUAUGUGUAGAAAAGGAUCAGAAACUGUGUUAAAAACUACCAAUAUUUGACAAAUUGUUCGUCAACUUUGUGUAUAAUAGACUAAGAUGACGAAAGAAAUGUUUUUAAUCUACCAACAUUUAAAAAUUACGAAAGGACAUUUUCAAAUAUUUUGAGACGUAAAAAAACCUUUUAUAAUUAAAUGGAGUAUUAAAGUGUGUUUAAAUUAAGAUAUUUAAUAUUAAAAAAUAAUUGAUGUAAACUUAAAUAAUUGCUUAAACCUCGUAAUAUGUGUUUUGUGAUAUGUAGAUAGUGAAAAUCUCUCUCAAAAUUGUAGUCAUAGAGAAAAAAAGAUAUAACACCAACAUUCUUUUAUAUAUUGUAUAUGUGUAAAAAAUGUAUUUUCCAAAGCUACACAUAUUGAAAAACUACAAAAAAAAGUUUUUUUAUCUUUUUAAUUUUUUUUUAAUUACCCAAAUGUAACAAAGGAUUAUGAGAUAUUCGAAAGGUUCUGGAAACAGAACAUAAAUGGAUGGUUUAAUAACAUAUCGUUAUUUGUACAUAUUGAAGUACAUAUGGAAAUAUUUGUAACAGAUGCAAAAUUUUAUAACUCAAAACUCAUUAAUAACGAAAUUGUGACGAAAAAGUACUAUUUACAUGAUAAACUUGCCUUUUUAAUAUUAUUUUUUUCACAGUUUCCAUUUUUUUUUCCUAAAACCUAAUUCAAACUGCAUCUGAGGUAGGGAAUUAAAAUAAUUUGAACAGUAUUGAUAUAAAACAAACUAUAAAGAGCUAUUUAACCAAAGAAAGAACGUGUUUUAGCAUCGAUUCUAAGAUAAAGUAUUAUAUGUAUGAUUUUAAAUUAUUUGUAUUAGUUUGAGUUGGGUUGGAGUCAUAUUAUGUAAUAAGGUUGAUUUUUCAAUAAUGCAUUUUCAAUCCUCAUGCUAAUCUUGCUCGAAGGACCAAAUAUAAAUUGUACAGUAGCUUGAUUGGCAAAA